AUGGUGUAUGAUGAAACCACAGACGUCGACCCCAAGAAGCUCACAUCUUCACCCCUCCCACGUGAACAUGAAUCCAUCACACGCAUCUCCCUUUCCAAACACUGCAUGCAUUGCAUGGGGAGGUGUGGCAUGGGGGCUAACAAGGUGGCACUCCACUGUGUGGCUUGCAAGUUGCACGUAUAUUGUUCCAAAGAGUGUCAAAGAGCUGAUUGGAAGACACACAAGUCGCUCUGUGCCAAGACGAAGCAAUGCAUUCGCGACGCCAAGCUGAAUGGUCGAAAUCGUGAACGCCGUCUUUUAUUUGAUUGGUAUGACAGGAGCUGGUGUGUGGUGUUUGCUUCUGUCGUCAACCAUUUUGGGAUUGAUGUGCUCGGUCGACUAGAACACGACCAAACAUCCAUUCUCAUUGACUUGAAGUUUGAUUACAACAGACGGACCUUUUUGCCCAAAGGGGCACCAUCCCUUGUGCCAUUGGUUACGAUACCAGUAGAUGAUGACAAGGCGCAAGAGCGGGUUAAGAGGGCCGAUGCAGCAGUACGAAAACAUGGCUCGGAAGAUAAGGAUGCUGGCUUGGUCAUACUGGUAGUUUUUCGACACUUGACCGGACGCCUUCAAAUUUCCAAGCGAAUUCAAUUGUGGCUUAAUGAUUGCAUUGGUCGAAACUAUAUUUGGAAGCUGGCUCUGCAGUUUAUGAAUGGCAUUCGACUUAACUCGAGAGUCUUCAGAGAGUGGAGAGAUACAGUUUUUCUCGAAAAUUUGCAUUCACAGAUCCGAGCCUUCACCACUGACCACUCUUGCUUUGCAGACUUUGCGUCCAACGUCCUCCGAGUUCCCACCAAGAAAGACAGUCAACUCAAGACACACGCUGUUAUGAUAUUUGUUGAAAUGGGCAGAGAACUUGGCCAGAUCAAGCAAUUGGACUCCUUCACUACGAUCCAAACCACCAAGGUGUUGCAGGAGGUUGAAGCCAAUCCUGAUAACUCAGAAGAAAUGGUCAGGCUCCACAAGACACGACUGCUUGACUUUGAAAGAGACCCAGAGCUGUUGGAAGAGCGGAAGACAAACCCGCAUGUUGUUCAUGCCCCCUUCGUGCUUAACAUGUCCCAUGGGGCAAGUCAUCCGUUUGUGGUUUCUCUCCGUUCCGCAACCCACCAGCAGCGCUUCGCAGCAUCCAAGUGUGACAAGAAAGCCAAGACGGCCUUUCAAGAACUUCAGAAAAUCAAGUUCCCUCCUGUCCAGUCGCCUCCUUUGGACUAG